GAUUACACGUUCGCAGCAGCCAUCUUGGAAGUUGUCUGCUCGAACCGGAAAGCGAAUCUGUCAACAUUGUUUUCAGAUCUAAAAAUUGUAAAAUAGUUUUUUAACAAAAAUGGUGACUCAAAACUCCUUUGCGAUAUUAUUUUCCAGGUCGACGUGCCUUUUGGCGGCUAUGGUUUGCCUACUGAGCGUUGGAACACGGGCAGAAUCACAGGUUCUAACAACCAGUACCUUUAACAAUGUUGUUUCAACCCAUGAGUUGGUGUUUGUGAACUUCUACGCCGACUGGUGCAGGUUUAGUCAGAUCCUGGCUCCAGUGUUUGAUGAGGCAGCCAAGAAGGUCAAGGAACUCUUUCCAGACCAGGGAAAGGUAGCCUUUGGGAAGGUGGAUUGUGACAGGGAAACGUCCAUCUCUACCCAGUACCACAUCUCCAAGUACCCCACACUGAAGCUUUUCCGUAAUGGUCAGGCUGUGAAGAAAGAGUACAGGGGUCAAAGGUCGGUGGAGGCCCUCACGGAGUUUGUACGCAAGCAGCUGGAGGACACAGUGCAGCAGCAUGGCAAGCUGGAGGAGCUCGAUGAACUGCAGGACAAGAAGCGGAACAUGAUCGGCUAUUUCUCAGACAAGGAGACAGACAGUUACAAGACAUACCGCCGUGUAGCAAUGCAACUUCGGGAUGACUGUGUGUUCCAUGCAGCUGUUGGUCCUAUAUCAGAUGGUGAGAGGGCCGGGGCUGAAUCAAAAAUUGUGUUCCGUCCACCAAAUACCCGUCAUGAGGACGUAGGCUACACUGGGGAGACCCACAACUUUGAUUUCAUGGCACAGUGGAUGCACGACAGAUGUGUGCCGUUAGUACGUGAAAUCACUUUUGAAAAUGCUGAGGAAUUAACAGAGGAGGGUUUGCCAUUCUUGAUUCUGUUUCACAAGCUUGAAGAUACAGAAAUUGUAGAGAGAUUCAACAAUGCAGUGCAGAGAGAGUUGUUGGGAGAUAAAAAUGCUGUCAAUUUCCUGAUAGCAGAUGGGUCAAAAUUCACCCACCCGUUACACCACCUGGGCAAGUCCUCCAACGACCUGCCUGUACUUGCCAUUGACAGCUUCAGGCACAUGUACCUCUUCCCUCAUGAUGUGAAGAAGGACUUGGACACUCCAGGCCUAUUGAAGAAGUUCAUUGAUGACCUGCACAGUGGCAAGCUGCACCGAGAGUUCCACCAUGGACCGGACCCUGCGCAGCCUGCGCAGAUAGACAACCAAGAGAGCACUGGAGGCCAUAUCCCACAUGACAGCGACAAACCAGACACGCCCACAAGCCCCCCUGAGUCCGCCUUCAGGAAGCUCGCCCCCUCGGAGAACAGAUAUACGGUCUUACGAGAGAGAGAUGAGUUGUAGAACCUGUGAUCUUUAUAUAGCAACUUUUGUGUCUGGAUGGCGUCUGAAAGUGUUACCGUUUUAUAUGAGCCUUGCUCUGCGAAAAGGGAGUUUAAAGCAUGUGCGUAAAUUGUUGACCCAGAUUAGCCUGUGCAGUCUGCACAGGCUAAUAAGGGAAAACGCUUUCUGCCUAAAAUUGAUUUUUGUUAAGAAGAGACUAUCUUUAAACAAAAGAUAUAGAAGCGGAAAGUGUCGUCCCUGAUUAGCUUGUUCGGACUGCACAGGCUAAUAUGGCAUGACACUUUACGCACAUACAUUAAACUCCUUUUUCACAGAGCAAGGCCUAUAUUAAUUUGAUUGCAUUUUGUUGAAUAAAUGUUUUUCUUUAUAGCAUUUCCGUGUCUCCAUGGGGUCUUAAAGUGUUAAUGUUUUAUAUAUAUAUAUAUAUAUAUAUAUAUAUAUAUAUAUAUUAAUUUGCUCGUCUGCGUUCUGUUAAAUGAAUAGUUUUUUACAGCAACUUCUUUGUCUGGAUGGAGUCUGAAAGUGUUUGUUUUAUUUUAAUUUGCUUGUCUGUGGGUUCUGUUGAAUGAAUUCUUUACAGUUUUAUAUUAAUUCUUUGUAUGUGUUCUAUUGUAUGGAAUGGAAGCUUCCCAGUUUUCUAUCAGCUUGUUUGUAUGGCUCUGUUUGUAAGUGUAUAAAUGUGUAUUUUUUAUCAAUUGAAUCAUCCAUUAUUUUUAUUGUAAUUCACUUCUCCUUAUAAUUGUUUGUUGACCUCAUAGCAUCUUAAGUUCCAUACACUUAUGUCAGUUUAUAGAUGUUGAAAAGUAACAACCUUUAUCGACAGAAUAUUCUCACAAUACAAGAGUUCUCUGUUAGACAAGGAACUAUAUAUGUUAGAUUGUAUUGAAUAACACAACCCUUGAAUUUUGUUGACCUAAUUGCAUCUUAACUUCUAUAAAUUUAUGUCAGUUUAUUGAUUGAUAUUGAAAAGUAAUAUUGAUAAAUAACCAAAUAUUCUCACAAUACCAGAAUUCUCUGUUAGACAAAGAACAAGAUAUUGUCAGUGUUUUAAAUAUAUUGGGAUUUUUGUGCUUAUUGUUGGUUGUUUUUUUCCUUAAGAAUGAGUGUGAAUCUAUUUGAUUUGCAAAUAUUGCUGCAUUUGAACUUUUGAUAUGGUUUUCAUAAUGUUUCAAUCAUUUCUCCUCUGUUAUUAUUUAUUGAUAAUAUUGAUUUAAAAUGUUUGUUUGUUAUGGUCUUCAUAGUUUGUGUUUUCCAGGAAAUGCUGAGUGUCUGAUUACUGCAUGGUGUAUUGCAAUCUCAUAAAGUGUAGUAUCAAGAUUAUCUAGAUUGCACAGUGUAUUGCAAUCUCAUAAAGUGUAGUAUCAAGAUUAUCUAGAUUGCACAGUGUAUUGCAAUCUCAUAAAGUGUAGUAUCAAGAUUAUCUAGAUUGCAAAACAAACGCAGGAUGCAUGUGUGUGGAUUAUGUUGGAUAAAAAUGACUUUUUUGUAUAUGGUAUUUUGGUCUUAAAAAAAUUACACAUUGGGAAUAAUUGGUAUUGUAAUAAUUUUUCUGGAUAAUAAAUUCCUAACCAAUGAUAAUUUAAGCCACAUGAUUGAUAAUGAUAUUGAUACUGAUUUUUGCUGUAUAUCGCUAACUAACACCAAUUAUGUUUUAUGUUUUCCCAUCCAGAGUUGCGACUACCCCUCAAGUACUGUUAUGCUAUUGCAAUAGUAAUUUGUUGUAAAGUUCACAUAUGAAUGUAUGAAAUAGUGAAGUGUGUCUGGUUACUAUUUGUCUGCUAUAGUUGUGUGAAUAAAGCAAAAAGAUAGAGCUGUUCAAUCGAAGGAUUUGUCAGAAUUCUCAGUAUGUAUAACAUGACAAAAAGUAGUUACAUGUAUUGAGUGCCUAUGUUAAACGUUUAAUUUGCAAUAUGUUUACAAUGUUUAAUGACUUUUGACAUAAGAAAAAAAUAAUUGUUGAUGUUCAUGAAAUAUAAGUGAACAGGCCAUAUAAGUUGAUAUUGUUUACAAUUUUUAAUGACUUUUGACAUAACAAAAAAAGAAUUGUUGAUGUUAAUGAAAUAUAAGUGAAGAGGCCAUAUUAGUUGAUAUUGUGUUAGUUGAAUUUUGUUUACAUUUUAAUGGUCACCUUAUCAUGUUUAAUAUCUAUAAUAAUAAUAAUAACAACAGUUUCAUAAAGAUCACUAUAAUUUGUAGUAUUUUUAGUAAAAUUCUAUAUUCAGUAAUUAAGAGAAAAGUCUUUCUUUUGUUAUGGAGUCCUUAAAGUAAAUUUGCCUAAUUUUGUUUUUAUUAACAACAUGCACUUUUCAUGUACAUUCCAUGCAGUGUUUCUGUCACGUCAUCUUUAUGCGCAUUUUGUCUUCUAUUACAAUAUAUAAUAAACAGUAAAAUCUUAAUCUAUUCAAAUAAUCGGUUAGUAUCAAAUAAAAACAUUUUAAUUUAUAUGUUGGAGAUAACAUUUGAUUAUAACAACACACAAGAACCACAACCUUUAUACUACUUUACUGGUAUAAAUAUAAAUACAAUUUAAGUGCAAACAAACAAGCAAAAACAGCGUGAAAUUGUAAAUACUGUUACAGUUUUAAUUAAAUAUUAUUGGGAGAGUUGAGCAUGGAACUAUUGUAUCUGACUAUUUAUAUUUUCAGUGGAUACAACAGUUUUUAUGUCCCCCACCACUCUAGUGGGGGACAUUGUUUUUGCCCUGUAUGUUGGUUUGUUGCUUUGAUUGUUUGUGCAAACUUUAACAUUUGCCAUAACUUUUGCAAUAUUGAAGAUAGCAACUUCAUAUUUGGCAUGCAUGUGUCUCAUGAAGCUGCACAUUUGGUGAAUGAUCAAGGUCAUCUUUCAAGGUCAAAGGUCAAAUAUACGGGUCAAAACUGCUCAUUUAAUGUACACUUUUGCAAUAUUGAAGAUAGCAACUUGAUACUUGGCAUGCCUGUGUGACUCAUGGAGCUGCACAUUUUGAGUGGUGAAAGGUCAAGGUCAUCCCUCAAGGUCAAAGGUCAAAUAUAUGGGGACAAAGUGUUUCACAAACACAUCGCUUGUUCAACUUGUGUUUGAUUUUCAUCUUUGAGUAUAUAUUUCAUUGGCUUGCUCAGUGGUUACAGUACUGGAUAACAAAUCAGAGGAUUGAUGGUGUAGAAUCCCUGGCCUGGCAACAUAACUUAUGGGCCGUGCUCUGUAAAAAGAGGGUUGAAUGCAUGUUUGUAAAGUUUCGUCCCAUAUUAGCUUGUGCAGUCUGCACAGGCUAAUCAGGCACUUCACUUUCCACUUUUGUUAUUUUUCUUUUAAAGAAAGUCUCUAAGCAAAAAUUCCAGUUAAGACAGAAAGUGUUGUCCCUAAUUAGCCUGUGCAGACUGCACAUGGCUAAUCUUGGACGACACUUUUCGCACAUGCAUUAAACCCCCUUUUCACAGAAUGCGGCUUAUAUUGAUUGUGAAAUCAUUUGUACAGCCUUUCUCACCCAACCAACUGAUUAAAGUAGGUCAGUUGUCAAGUAAUGGCAUAUGUAUAUAUGCAUUUAGCCUAGUAAACCCACUUACCUGGACACUGGUUAAAGUUGGUUAACUGACCUCCAUUAUAUUGCCGAAAUUCAGUUGUAAAAAGUGAAAAUCUAACUCAAUAAACCAAUCAAACAAAUUAUAAUUAACAUGAGAAACCUGCAAGCAGAGCUGAACCGUGAUAUUCCCCUAAAUGUAUGGUUACUAACUGGAAUUAUGGUAAUUGGGGAUUUAUUAAUUAAUUGAUUUGAAAAUGUUGGUGCCUUCAUAUUAUUAUAGAUAGUGAUUGCUUAAAGUACAUUUUUGUUUGUGAUUGAAAUAACCAGGGAUGUGCAUUGUUUAGGUUGCUUCUUAUAGCGUGUCUUUAAUACCAUUGUUAAACCUGGAAUCAAAUGUUUUCAUUUGACACAUUUCGGAAUUGUUUGGCGUUGUUUCGGCAUUUUUUAAGCGCAUAAUAAAAAUUGAUUUCUUAGAAUUAUAAGAAUAGGAAUGUUACUUUAUAAACAUUUAUCAACUUGAAGCUAUCAAACAAUUUGGAAUCAUGUUCAGUCAUUAUACAUUUUAUAAAGUAUUACCCUCUUAUUCCGACUGCUUGCGGUUAUAAGUAAAAUUACUCGUGUAUAUUGGUGUACAUAGUUGUUACUGGUUCGCAUAAAUUAACUUUCUGAUUUGUACAUUUAAAGUGUUAAAUAAAUAUGAUUGAAACACA